AUGCAGCGCGUCAACAACGACAUCGACCUCUUCCACCGGCAUCAGAAGGACGCCGCCGACACCACCGGGCACGCAUUCCAUCUGCAGGAACAGACGAGUACACUUCGACGCCAGGAGCAGGUCUUCCAGGUCAUCGUCUUCAUCAGCAUCGUCAUGGGCAUCCAUCACCUCAAGUUCGCCGUCUCCAAUCUCGACGUUUCCAUCGCUUGGUACGAGAGAGUCCUUGGCGGCCGUCGGGUGGCCGGGCUUGACCACACUCGUCUGGAUGGCACACGUUUCGCGGCUAUCCUGGAGAUGGUCGACUGGGGUGGGAUCUAUCUUGAGCUACGGCAGACAGCUCCGCGUGCUGUCAAAGACAGAGGCUGGGAUCCAGUGACGCUGACGGCAAAGGGGAAGGAGGACUUGGUGAAGUGGGUAGAGUGGUUGGAGAGAUGGGGAACGAUGCAUAGUUCUGUGUUGGCGGGGAAGAGAGGGUGGAUCCUGGUCUUUGAGGACCCCGAUGGUCGACGCUUUCGCAUCUACACCCGAGAGGACCAUGGUGGGAAGGAGAAACCCUCGAAUGAUGCAUAUUGGCUGGGCGAGUGUUCUUGA